CGUGAACGGACGCGUCGCCACGUAGUCCCUGCGAGGAGCGACGAGCCAGGUACGCGUGCGCACAGGGACUGAGGGCACGUGAGACCAAAGCAGAGCGACGGCGCCUAGGAAGAUGGAGGACGAGCCCCCCUCAGGUUACCACCAAAGAACAUGAUUUUGGUCUAGGGGCUCCAGUUUCCGAAGCUGGAAAAUACCAGAAUACUCUCCAGCUAGAACAACAAGUGAGAACUCAAGAUAAAUUCAUCUCUACACUGAAAUUACAGAUUGAACUCAUUUCCCAGCAAAAUAAUAUAAUAGUAUUGGAAGAUACAAGAAAAAGACUUAGAUCUACUCAAUUCCUUUAUCAAGACCUUAGAAGCAGACAAAGAUCAAAGAUCACUACAAGAGUGAAGCUCAAAACUUGAGAAAAUGAUCAGAAGUAGAUCCAAAAGUCCAAGACGCCUGUCACCAUCUUCCCGGGCUACACACUGUGAUGUAGAGCUUUUGAAGACCACACGAGACCGUGAAGAACUUAAGUGCAUGCUGGAAAAAUAUGAGCGUCAUUUGGCAGAAAUUCAGGGUAAUGUCAAGGUUCUUACAUCUGAGAGAGACAAGACCUUUCUUCUUUAUGAACAGGCGCAGGAAGAAAUUGCCCGGCUUCGCCGAGAAAUGAUGAAGAGCUGUAAGUCUCCUAAAUCAACAACUGCACAUGCCAUCCUCCGGCGGGUGGAGACUGAAAGAGAUGUAGCCUUCACUGAUUUACGAAGAAUGACCACAGAACGAGAUAGUCUGAGGGAAAGGCUAAAGAUUGCUCAAGAGACAGCGUUUAAUGAGAAAGCUCACUUGGAACAGAGGAUAGAGGAGCUGGAGUGUACAGUUCAUAAUCUUGAUGAUGAACGUAUGGAGCAAAUGUCAAAUAUGACUUUGAUGAAGGAGACCAUAACCACUGUGGAGAAAGAAAUGAAAUCACUAGCAAGAAAGGCAAUGGAUACCGAAAGUGAACUUGGCAGGCAAAAAGCAGAGAAUAAUUCUUUGAGAGUUUUAUAUGAAAAUACAGAAAAAGACCUUACUGAUACUCAGCGACACCUUGCUAAGAAAAAAUAUGAGCUUCAGCUUACUCAGGAGAAAAUUAUGUGCUUGGAUGAAAAAAUUGAUAAUUUUACAAGGCAGAGUAUUGCCCAGCGAGAAGAAAUCAGCAUUCUUGGCGCAACCCUCAACGACCUGGCUAAAGAAAAGGAGUGCCUGCAAGCAUGCCUGGAUAAAAAGUCUGAGAACAUUGCAUCCCUGGGAGAGAGUUUGGCCAUGAAAGAAAAGACCAUUUCAGGCAUGAAGAAUAUCAUUGCUGAGAUGGAACAGGCAUCAAGACAGUCUACUGAAGCGCUAAUUAUGUGUGAACAAGACAUUUCCAGGAUGCGCCGGCAGUUGGAUGAAACAACUGAUGAACUGGCUCAAAUCGCCAGGGAAAGAGAUAUCUUGGCUCAUGAGAAUGACAAUCUCCAAGAACAGUUUUCUAAAGCUAAACAAGAGAACCAGGCCCUGUCUAAACAAUUGAAAGAUACUCAUAAUGAACUUAAUGAUAUAAAACAGAAGGUCCAAGAUACUAAUUUGGAGGUUAACAAGCUGAAGAAUAUAUUAAAGUCUGAAGAAUCUGAGAACCAACAAAUGAUGGACCAACUCCGAAAAGCCAAUGAAGAUGCUGAAAACUGGGAAAAUAAGGCACGGCAAGCAGAGGCAGAUAACAAUACCCUCAAAUUAGAACUUAUCACUGCUGAGGCAGAGGGUAACAGAUUAAAAGAAAAGGUAGAUGCCCUCAGUAGAGAGGUCGAGCAGCACUUAAAUGCAGAAAGGGCUUACAAGGCCCAGAUUUGUACGUUGCAUAAAUCUCUUGUGAAGAUGGAAGAGGAGCUUCAGAAGGUUCAGUUUGAAAAGGUGUCUGCCCUUGCAGACUUGUCUUCCACAAGGGAACUUUGUAUUAAACUUGACUCAAGCAAGGAACUUCUUAAUAGGCAGCUGAUUGCUAAAGAUCAAGAAAUUGAAAUGAUGGAGAAUGAAUUAGAUUCUGCUCGUUCUGAAAUAGAACUCCUCAGAAGUCAGAUGACAAAUGAGAGAAUCUCCAUGCAGAAUCUAGAAGCUUUGCUGGUGGCCAAUCGGGACAAAGAAUAUCAGUCUCAGAUAGCGCUUCAAGAAAAAGAAUCUGAAAUUCAGCUGCUUAAAGAACACCUGUGUUUGGCAGAAAAUAAAAUGGCCAUCCAGAGUAGAGAUGUGGCCCAGUUCAGGAAUGUCGUCACGCAACUGGAAGCUGAUUUAGACAUCACCAAAAGACAGCUAGGGACCGAGCGCUUUGAAAGGGAUAGGGCUGUGCAAGAACUUCGCCGCCAGAAUUAUUCAAGUAAUGCUUAUCAUUUGAGUUCUACACUAAAGCCAAAUACAAAAUGUCAUUCACCGGAACGUGCUCACCACCGAUCUCCUGACCGAGGCCUGGAUCGAUCUCUAGAAGAGAAUCUUUGCUAUAGAGAUUUCUGACAUGCGAAAAGAUUCUUCACAUCCUUGGGAAAGGUCAAAAUGUCAAUCUGAUUUUUUUGCUAUAUGAUUGCAUUUAUCUUUUGAAUCCUUGACAUUGUUAAAUGUAUAUAUUAACUUCGUGCCUCUGAAUCUCUGUUCUCAUGUGCCAUAUUGCAGUGAUCAGAGAUGACUUAUAAAAACAAAAAUGCAUGUGGCUCUUUCUACCCAUACAGUAAUAGUGAGUGUAAAAUCCACUUACUUCACUAUUGAACACUGUUAUGUUACCUAUCCGGAGUAAAUAAAGAAGCUGAUGAAAAGAAGGAAAAGUGUUCUUUACAAAACUGAUUUUUUUCCUUUCUUGGUCUCUCAUAUAAUUGGAUGGUUUUUUCUUUGUUAUUUAUCCUUUCUUGGCUGGAGAAGUUCUACCAAAAUAGGCACAGUUUACUGACACUGGCCUGGGUCCCAAUAUGCCACUUUGGACCCAGCCUGACGUAAAUUCCAGGCCAUAAUCUGACUUCAAAGCAGCAGAUAGUAGGAGUGUGUCAGGAUUUUUAAAACCAUAAUAUUGUACCACUGAUUAACAUACAUUUCUA